AUGGAUGAGGAUGAGAGAAAGGUAGCACAAACAGAAGCGAUAUAUUCGAUAAAUAUUGAUUCCACCGAUAUCGACGAUCAUAUACACUGUGCUUACUGUUUCUGUGUCGACUGUCAGUAUAACCGUUGUGCAUUACUUUCAUGUCCCGAAUGUCGUGCUAUAUUGCAUAGUUGUAAACUUGAGGAUCAUUUGCUGAUUUGUGGAAAGGUCUAUGUUUCUUGUUUAUGCGCAGCAUUCGGUUGUCCGGUAUUGCUACGACGCGAUAGAAUGUCACAGCAUUUGAAGCAUUGCUGCGCAUCUGCAAUUUGUUGUGCCGUACAAUGGAAUAGACGAACCCUUAGUAAUUAUGCAAAACGUAAAUUGAAACGAUUCGCAAAAGGCCUGGAACAAUGGGAAACAGAAUUUGAAAUGGAUGAUCGUGAAAUUGAUGUUUGUGCUGCAUUGGUUGAUCAGAAAGCAAUUAUCGAUUCUUAUCAAAUAAGUCGCAAAGAUCGGAAACGUCUAACUGAUUUCCAGAAUCCGUGUCAUCCAUUGAUGCCACUGAGACUAUCGCUGGAAAAGUUGUCUUAUUUUGCGGACGAAGACAGCAGUGACGAAGAAAACAGACAAAAGGAAAUUCAGCUUAAGCAUAAACGUUCCCCAUUUGAAAAUUGUUAUUUGUGCAAAUUCGAUCCAGCUAGUCAGCAUCUCCACGUACUGGGUAAUAUUAGUUUCGAAGGAAGUGAAAAAGCUACGGAGGAAGUAAUUCCACCAGUUAAGGUGUCACUUUUGCCACCGUUCUAUGAGAGGAGACAUUUAUGCUUGAAUAUUGGACGUGAACGUUUUUCGGUAUUUGCUCGAAAAGGUGAGAAUAUGCCAUGUGUUCAAAAAGGGAUUUCAGUAUAUACAUUUUGCUGUAACGAGAGCUUUCGUCGUGAUGAAUAUUGUACACAUUAUGAAUUAUCUCAUAUGGGAGCUGAUGACUGUAUAGGACGCUGCCCAAUGUAUAUUGAUGGAUGCCCUUUUUAUUAUUUCAAAGCAAAACCGUGCUGGGGAGAAUUAAGAUAUAAUCACUAUCUGAAUUGUGUCGUACAUCGUCCACCUGAACCAUCAAUUUUACCAUCUGAAGGCUCGCCGCUAUAUGACCUGCCACCAAUAAUACUGAUUGAAAUUUUACAAUAUUUGGAUAGUGCAUCAUUGCGUUGUUUAUCAUCAACGUGUAAGCAUAUGCGAUUAAUGUGUUUCGAAGUGGCUUCUGACUCUGCAAUGGUACACAUCAAAUGGGAACGAGCCGAAAGUGGAAAUUGGUCAGAAAAAUGUUUUAUGUGGGAAUUCAGUAAAUGUCAAAAGCCGAUUCAUGAAUGGAAAAAUGCGAGUACAACUAUUUUAAGCAAUCAUUUGUCUGAGUGCGCAUUUAAUGUUCCAGAAAAAUUCAAUCAUGAUCGCAUCGCUUUACUUCCGACAGUUAAACAAGCUUUUUCAGAAACAAUUCAUCCUAUUGGGGGUCGAAAUCAGCGCCGUGUGGAACAAAUUGUACAGUCUAUUAGAAAGAAUGGUGCAGUUGUAGGUGCUGGUAAUCGUCCUGGAUUUUAUUAUAUUGUUACAUAUGUGCUGUUGCAAUAG